AUGGCUGUAGGAGUGAGGAAACCUACAGUGGUUUUGGAAGUGAAGAAACCUACAGUGGCUGUUGGAGUGAGGAAACCUACAAUGGCUGUAGGAGUGAGGAAACCUACAGUGGUUGUGGGAGUGAGGAAAUCUACAGUGGCUGAGGGAGUGAGGAAACCUACAAUGGCUGUAGGAGGGAGGAAACCUACAGUGGUUUUGGAAGUGAAGAAACCUACGAUGGCUGUAGGAGUGAGGAAACCUACAGUGGCUGAGGGAGGGAGGAAACCUACAGUGGUUUUGGAAGAGAAGAAUAGCGAUCACGACUCUGUCACCAGUAUCAUACCCGUCACUGGCAGUGAUCACGCCUCUGUCACCACUAUCAUCCCCGUCACAGACAGUUAUCACGAAUCUGUCACCAGGACCAUCCCCGUCACAGACAGUGAUCAUGCCUCGGUCACCAGUAUCAUCCCCGUCACAGACAGUGAUCACGACUCUGUCACCACUAUCAUACCCGUCACAGACAGUGAUCACGAAUCUGUCACCAGGACCAUACCCGUCACAGACAGUGAUCAUGACUUUAUCACAAGUAUCAUACCCGUCACAGACAGUGAUCAUUACUCUAUCACCAGUAUCAUAACCGUCACAGACAGUGAUCAUGACUUUAUCACAAGUAUCAUACCCGUCACAGACAGUGAUCAUGACUCUAUCACCAGUAUCAUACCCCUCACAGACAGUGAUCAAGACUCUAUCACCAACAGUAAUCAAGAAUCUGUCACCAGUAUCAUACCCGUCACAGACAGUGAUCACGACUCUAUCACUAGUAUCAUACCCCUCACAGACAGUAAUCAAGACUCUGUCACCAGUAUCAUACCCGUCACAGACAGUGAUCACGACUCUAUCACUAGUAUCAUACCCCUCACAGACAGUAAUCAAGACUCUGUCACCAGUAUCAUACCCGUCACAGACAGUGAUCACGACUCUAUCACUAGUAUCAUACCCCUCACAGACAGUAAUCAAGACUCUGUCACCAACAGUGAUCGAGACUCUGUCACUAGUAUCAUACCCCUCACACACAGUGAUCACGACUCUGUCACCACUAUCAUACCCGUCACAGACAGUGAUCAUGACUCUGUCACUAGUUUCAUACCCCUCACAGACAUUGAUCAUUACUCUGUCACCAUUAUCAUACCCCUCACAGACAGUGAUCGAGAUUCUGUCACCAUUAUCAUACCCCUCACGGACAGUGAUCACGACUCGGUCACCAGUAUCAUACUCCUCACAGACAGUGAUUACGACUUUAACACCAGUAUCAUACCCCUUACGGACAAUGAUCACGACUCUAUCACCAGUAUCAUACCCUUCACGGACA